CAAAAAUUUGCUAUCUCCCGAAAUCGGGCGAUUUACUGCUGGUUUACGUAGUAAUUACAACUUAUUUUAUAAUAAAAUGGAUUUGUUCAGUGAUGAAAGUGAUAAUGAGAUGUAUGAAGCUGGUGUAUUUGAUUCUGCGACAGCUACAGUAUCUGGUGAAUGCAGAGUAUACAGUCGCAUUAACUAUGAAAGUGAAUUUUCUGACUCGGAAUUUACAUUUAGAUUUAGAUUAAAUAAAAGCAGUGUAAAUGAGUUAUUAGUAAAAAUUCUACCAAAUUUGAGAGUGAAAUCCUCCCGGAACUAUGGUGUAUCUCCACUACACCAGUUGUUGCUCACUCUUAGAUUUUAUGCAUUGGGCACAAUGCUUAUAUCUGUUGCCGACUUUGUUGGAGUUUCUAAAGCAACAGCUAGCAGAAUUGUGUCUGAUGUGUCUCGUGCAAUAGCAGGACUGUAUCCUGAAUAUGUUAAAGUUUUGGAAAACACACAGCAUGCCUUCCAUGCCAUUGCAGGAUUCCCCAAAGUACUUGGGGCAAUUGACUGUACACAUAUACCCAUACAAUCACCCAAUUCUAAUAUAGGAGAAGAGUACAGGAAUAGAAAAGGAAUAUUUUCAAUGAAUGUUCAAGGAGUCUGUAAUGCAGACUUGCUAUUUAUGAAUGUAGUUGCUCGGUGGCCAGGGUCUGCUCAUGAUGCUACUAUAUUUAACAAUUCCAUUAUUAAAAUGCAAUGUGAAGAAGGGAUCAUUGAAAAUAGAUGGCUCAUUGGUGACAGUGCAUAUCCUUGUAAUUCAUAUCUAUUGACGCCAUUGCUCAACCCGGUAUCUCUUGCAGAAAUUCGCUACAAUGAAUCACAUAUUAAGACCAGAAACACCAUAGAAAGGUGCUUUGGAGUAUGGAAAAGACGCUUUCCAGUGCUUUCGUUGAAAAUCCGUCUCGCAUUACAAACAACACAAGUAGUUAUUAUUGCCACAUCAGUAUUACACAACAUUUGCAGGUUGAAUAAUAUAAGUGAUGUGGAACCUGAAGUGGAGAUACCGCUUGAGCAAGCUGAUAUUCCCCUAGUUGAGCGAGUGGCUCACCAACAUCAUCAUGUUAGACAACAUCUAAUAAAUAAUUAUUUUAGUUGAUAUCUACACAAAUUUGGGGCUAGAUUCAACAAAGGAAUAUUGUAAAAAAAUUAAUUAAUUCUGAUUAUAUUUAAAUGAUAAAGAAUA